AUGGAUAAGAUUUCCAUUAUUCCUGAUGAUAUAAUCCGGUUUGAGAUUCUAACCCGACUGCCUGUGAAAAUCCUCAUGCAAUUUCAAUGUGUCUGUAAAUCUUGGCAAUUUCUCAUCUCUCGUGAUCCGAUCUUUAUAAAAGCUCAUGUCGCUCGCAGCGUAAUGGAUCCCAGUAAUGACAGAGUGAUUAUCAGGUGUCACCCUACACUCCGCCAUAAGCAUAUCUCCGAAGACAAUAUCUUCAACUUUCCUCUAUUUGUGUGUAGCAAAGUUGGUCCAGUGAAUGAAUUUGACUAUCCUCUGUUGUCGUCGGGCAUGGUGCUGGCUGGUUCAGUGAAUGGCUUAGUGUGUCUGUACAGUUACAAUGAUAAGUCGAAAUCAAUACCAUGUAUCGGGAUUUGGAACCCUGCAACUCAUCGCUACAAGGAUGUUCGUCCUCCCUUGAAUGCAUAUAAUAUCAAGGCAGGUGAUUUCUCUUUCGCGUUUGUUUUUGAUUCGAUUAAAAAGGAUUAUAAAGUGAUCUACAUCAUCAAGACUCGAAAUAAAAAUAAAGCUAACAAACCUGGGCAGGUGGUAGCUGAUGUCUACUCUUGUAAUGCUCGUUCUUGGGCUCAUAUCAAUGUUUCUUCUAGUUUCGAAUUAGAGAAUGGUGAACUUUUUAAAUAUGCCAUAACUGUCGGUAAUAGGGUUUAUUGGAAUUACAGUAUGGCAUAUGGAAGAAAACAUGAUGUCAUCUCAUUUGAUAUAGGACAUGAAGUUUUUAGGUUGUUUCAUGCCCCAGAUCUUUUGCCCAACCAAAAGAUGGCUACAGGGAAUUUGAACAAUCUUCUUGUUUGCUUAGUCCAUGAAUAUUGUUGGGACAAAACUACAUCUGUCGAUGUUUAUGCUCUCAAUGAAACAAAUGGUGAAACCUGGAAUAAGAUGUACACGGUUGGACCAAUUAGUUUGACAAGACGGAUGCAUAUCGUUCAAUGUUUUAGGAAUGGUGAUUUAUUUUUUAGUGAUUACAAAGAAUACAGAUGUUUGCAUUUUGAUCCAAAAACUCAUGCACUACUCCGCAGUAACAGCCAUGCCUUUGACGUUGAUUGUCUCGCUGUUGCAUAUGGCAUUGGGUACACGCAGACUUUAGUUUCUGUCAUGGGAAUGAAGCACAUUGAGAAAAACGAUUGUGAACGUCUUUUAUUCAUACAGUCAUAA